AUGUCACAGCUGCAGAGGUAUUUCAGCAGGAUAAAGAACAGAGCAACAGCCAAUAUCUACCUCACCUUAACCAUUGCAAUCCUAUCCUUAUAUUUCGUAAAGACGGUAUUAAUUGAUGAAGAUUCAAGUUAUUUGUUUGAUCUAAGUGAUGGUCCUGGUACUUCUGGAUUUGGGAUAACAAAAGGUGGUACAGGUAAUCAAGGAUAUCAAAAAGAUCAUAGAACUGGUGGGUUACCACCUACUGCUAGAAAAAUAUAUGAAAAUAAAGAUAUAACAACAUAUGAAGAAUAUGGAAUUGAUGGAAAUCAACAACAUAAUGAAUUUUUCAAUAAAGAUAAGAAUAAAAUCAUCAUCAUAUUGGGUGCUAACAUUGAAGGUGGUGUUAAUAAAUGGAAGGGACCAAAUGAAUGGUCAAUUGAACGUUCUUCAAUUCUAAACAAGAAACAUUAUGCAAAGAAACAUGGGUAUGAAUUAAUUAUUAAAGAUUAUACAAAAUCUAAGAAAUAUUCGAAUGAUUAUAGAGAAGGGUGGCAAAAAUUUGAUAUUAUUAAGCAUGCAUUUGAUCAAUAUAGUAGUGGAGAUUGGUUUUGGUAUAUUGAUUUAUAUACUCUAGUGAUGGAACCUCAAAUUAGUUUGGAAAAUUUGAUUUUCAAAAAAAUUAAUGAAACAAUAGAGAGAGAUUUAAAUUAUUUUAAUCCAAAUCAAUUGGAAUUAGAUGUCCCUUUUACAAAUUAUGAUGAACCAUUGAAUUUGAUCUUGACUCAAGAUUGUGGUGGGUUUAAUUUACAAUCAUUUUUAAUCAAAAAAACUGAAUGGUCAAUAACUUUACUGGAUAUAUUAUUUGAUCCUGUUCAUUAUUUACAAAACAUUGCAACUUGGAAAAAUGGUGAAAAAAAUGCAUUGGAAUAUUAUUACAACAAGUUUGGUUGGAUUAGAUCAAGAGUUGGGUUUUUACCAACAAGAACUAUAAGUAGUUUACCAAAAGGUGCAUGUCCGGAUUUUGAAGGUGAUGAAAGGUUUUUCUAUAAUGAAUCUUCAAGAGAUUUCCUUGUAAACAUGAUGGGUUGUGAAUAUAAUAGAAAUUGUUGGGAUGAAAUGGAAUUUUUCAAACAAUUGAGUAAAGAUUUACAUGAAAAAUGGUAUCAAAAAUGGUUUUAA